AUGGAGGGGGUGUGUGGGCAAGACCUCGGGGGUGAGGAGGAAGAGGAGGACGACGAGGAGGGGGGGAGAGCUAUGUUGUGGUCUAUUCAAGAGGCUUUUGAGAGGCAAACCCUGCAGAUAGGAGCUUCAGCCUGCGGGGCUACAGCUGUGGUGGACGUGCUGAAGGCCCUCGGUGUGGACGUGACCCCGGAGGAGGUCGACCGCUGCGUCCAGACGCGGCUGCGGAGGAACGAGUCCCCGCUUCCGGACUACCUGCUGUCCCGGAGUGAAGCAGGUAAACGUGCGAAUACACAGAGAUGUUUACCUGUAACAAUGAAAUACUCCUAAAUAUGUACUUCUUUACUCCAUUUAGGGUACAUGUAAAGUUCUUCAUGUGUGACAUUCAGCUCAUUACGGACUACAGUGGGGUGACGCAGCUCAAGGAAGAACAUUUAUGAUCAUAACUUCACGGAAACGCAAUCAGACCGAGACGCUAUGGUAGAAGAACUACUGUGUCUGCAGAGCACAAUAAUUAAUAUGGUGAUUAUUACUUAAAGAAAUGAUCAUAAAUGUUCUUCCUUGAGCUGUGUCACCCCGCUGUAGUCCGUAAUGGACUGGUCAAGGUCUCACUACAAACAAUCAGCUGCUGGAAGAGAGAAGGUGAGUUGUGUUUAGUCUCUUUGCCAAAGAAAUCAGGCAAAGUUAAAAAUAUAUUUGAUGGCUAGUGCUUUGUCUGUGACCCUAUAUGUCCUGUUGAUGAAGUUAGGUGCUGUUCUGAGCAUUAUUUGUGGCUAUAGAGUGGCGUUUUGGCUGAGGUUUGUUUAUGGCUCUUCAGACCGCUGUGUAUUGCUAUCCUGCGGUUGUUACUAAAGUUGGUAUAACUAGAGAAGCAAGCGGUCAGCAUCAUUUAUCCCUCGAGGGGGUGUCUAACUCAGUGUUAUGAUGUGUUUGACCUUAAAUUAAACUUAUGCCGGAAUAUCACUUUAAUGUGUAAAAGGAUGAGGUGUGUGUUUGUAAAGUAGAGGUCCUCUACGCAUGGAAAAGAUACUGUAUAAUCAAAUAUAGACACAAGCGUAGAAGUCUGAGGUCUGUGGGUCACACCUAUAAUUGGAUAGUGACUGUAUUUUUAUCAAAAUGUUGUCUUCUUAUAAAUGUUCAGUCUUGAUGAUACUUGAUGUUAUAUUUGACCAAAUGUUUAGGGCUGGUGUCGGCCAAAAGAGCCGGCGCACAUUUCUUUUUUGUCUUAAUCCAGUCCUGGCAGUUAUAGGCAGGAAGUACAUGUUUUUAAAGUAGGUCAACAGUUUAAAAAAAAAGACUUUCAAAGCGAUAAGUAGUUGUGACCUACUGAUGAUUAAAAUGUUGGCUGUAAUCAUACAGCUUAAAUGUCUGCUGUGGGUUUGGCAGAGGAAGCGACAACUCUCUUCUGUAUGUGUUGUAAAGUUUCCUGCAGCUUUAGAGCAGACACUUAAUUGGCAGUUAUAAAAUUAUAAACCUUUGGCUCUGAGAUCGAAUCUUUUCUCCCCAAAGUAUCCUGUGACAUUUCAGGUAAUGGACUCAAACUGCACAAAGGAAGACUUUAGUAUAGGUAGGUUUCUCUGCAGACAGUAAUACAUGUGGCGUCACAGAUGCCAGCGGAGACUUUAACUUCCUCGCUGAUUGAGGCUUCGCUUCGUCUCGAACCCGUAAGCACAGCUCCCUGCCAGCGUGACAGCUGGCUGCAUCACCAAGCAGGCGAAUUCAAAAGCACCCUCUUGAAUUAGACAAAGAGGUUUAUGUCUCUCAGAGGAGCCACUGUAAUUGACUUUUUCAGCCAUCUUACACCAUUUUUUACAAUGACAUUUCAGACAUUUAACUCAAGCUGUCAUCACACAGAGGGAAGGUCUAAGUGGAGGAGAAUAAACCCUGUACUCAUUUGUCUUUUGACAUAAAGAGAAGGAUCAUUUAGAGUUGAAAUAACGAUUCAUAAAACUUCCUUCAGGUGCGACUCACGCUCAACUCAUCCAAGGCGCAGAGGACGCCAGUAAAGGCGAGGUGACGGGUCGCUUCUUCCAUCUUCACCCACGCCGCCUGCUCAGACUCGUCGCUUGGCUUGCGCGCUGGAUCCGAAAAGGCGCUGUCCCUGUCGCCACCAUGAACAUGCAGCGGGCCGUACCUGAGGGUGAGGAGGUGCCUGACGCCUGGCACCAUCAGCUCAUAUUCGGAGUCUCGCCUCAUGCUGUUUUCAUGACCAAUCCUUUAGAUGUCGGUGAGUAACAUUAGAGGAAAAGUUUGGGGAAGUUCAAACAAAACCGGUCCACUGGUUUGAUUUAAGUCUUUUUGCUUUUAUCAGUAAGCGAGGGAGAGCUGCACCAGAGACUCUGCAGCGAAUCUGUGCUACUGAUCCGCCGAGAAGACGUCCUGCAGAGACUCACGCCUGACUGCUCCUUGUCCAGCUUAUCUGACCAGCGAUGGAAAGCGCUGGACGUAGAAGGUAGAGCUGCUGUGAAUCAUAGAAAUUCAUCACCCUGCACCCCAACGUUUGUAAAGUGUUUUCUCCCUCUUAGGUCAAGUGAAGCUGAUGCUGCAAGAAGAGGAACAAGACGACGACGAAGCCAAGCGAACACACAUCACCAUCCCUGCAGCGUACAGUUCAGGUGUCACACUUUUUGCUCUACGACAGUCAGACUUAGGGAAAGAACUCCUCGACGCUCCUGAGCUCCCUCUGCUGUGACUGGACUGAAACUCCUGGACUCAAGACUUGAAGCUUUAGGAGGACUUAAUUUAUUGUGAUCUAACAAAUAAACUGAUGAGACACUUUAUUGAUCCUUUUUUUUGUCAGGAUCAGCUGAUAUCCAGCACGUCCUGGAGGAGAUGGGGGCAAAAGGUAAAAGAGAAAGUGAAGAAAAUGUCACAAUUAUUGAUUACUGCGUUUACAAACAUUGAUUUCUUUGCAAGUAAUGUGUGAAGUAAGUGUUUUUACGAGAAAGAAGCGCACAAAACAUGGGAAACUGAUGAAGCUGCAAGACUAUCUUCCAGACACACUCUUCCUGUUUCUCUUUAGUUCCUAAACAGUUUCAUGUGGCAGCUGAUAAUUGAAUAAAGUGUGUUAAGCGAAAGGAAACCUGCUCAAGACUUCCCAACAUGACAGUUGAAUUAUUCAUAAAUGUUUUGCUGUAAUGAGCGAUGCAUUCGCGGUCCUCUCAGGCUGUAAAGAUCAGCCCCUGUUUGUCCACUUUACACCCUCCACAAUCCCACUUUUGGAUCGACUUUCAGGAUGUAUUGAUUUCUUUCAAAGCAAUAAAUGGCCUGGAUCCAGUUUAAUAUCCAGAGCUGUAUUAUACUCAUAGUUAAAAGCUUAUAUCAGCAGUUUAUAUUCAUAAUCACAUCACAGCCAGCGUUAAGUACUGCAGGUGGAUGAAAAACUGCAGCAGGGGUACUCAAGUUUUUACAAAAUUGAGCUGAGAAAGUUAUAAUGUCUCAAAAUAUCUUACUCACUGGACACAUUUAUACAAGUAAAAGGGCUGAGUAAUCUCGGAGGGAUAUUCUGGCAUGAAAUUAAGUCAGGGUCAAACACAGCGUUAUACCGAGUAAGACACCCGUUGAGAGGUGAAUGCUGACGACCGCUUGCUUCUCUAGUUAUACCAACUUUAGUAACGAUCACACAAUAGCAAUACAGAGAGCUACGCGCUCAACCAAAACGCUGCACUAAAGCUACAAAUAAUGCUCAGAACAGCACCUAACUUCCUUGAGCUGCGUCACCCCGCUGAAAUCCGUAAUGGACUGGCCCGAGGUCUUGCUACAAACAAGCGGCUGCUGGAAGAGAGUAGGUGAGUUGUGUUUAGUCUCUAUGCUAAAGAAAUUUGGCAAAGUUAAAACGAUGUUUAAUGGCUAGUGCUGUGGGUGUGAGUUUAUCUGUACUGUUGAUGAAGUGAGGUGCAUUAUUAGUGGCUAUAGAGUGGCGUUUUGGUUGAGCGCGUGACUCUCUGUUUUGCUAUCCUGCAGUCGUUACUAAAGUUGGUGUAACUAGAGAAGCAAAAGGUUGUCAACAUUCAUCUCUCGAGGGGGUGUCUAACUCGGUGUUGCGGUGUGUUUGAGCCUAACCUAAUUUUACGCCAGAAUAUUCCUUUAAAGGUGAUAAAUUUCAUUUGAGGUAUUUGUACUUUAAUGGAGUUUUUUCCUCUGAAAGAUACUCAGUCUACCACCAAUUUAACAGCUUAAAACGAUUAAAUUGUACAUGAUUCGAAAAAUACCACUUAUUAAAAUAAUAAAAUUAAUGUGGAAAAAGUAAAGUGGACCAACAUUAAACUCUAUGGUUAAACUACGAGUGCUAAAAUGAAUGUCAAUGACGAGAAUUUGUACUAAAAAAAUCGUUUGCAUUCAUUAAAUCCUAGUUUUCUCGCAAACUUCUUGUGAAAGUGUUACCCGGUGUUCCGUUUGAACGAGUGACCGUGUUAGCUGUCGACUUUUACCCAAGAAUGCUUGUGGUUGUCAUGGUUACAGGUUGCCGUUUGAGUCAGAGCCACCGGCCAACAGGGUCGCUCUCUCAACCGGAACACCUGGAUAGACGUUUUAUUGGGAAAACUUGAGCGACUACAACUCCCAUGAUGCACUCGAUAGUAACACCCCGCGGAAGUUAAAAUAUUCCAAAAACUUGCACAAAACUGCUCGAGCUGCUCAGAAGGGUAAGAAAAGACUCGUAUUUAGUUAAAACGUGAAUCUAAUGACACUUAUCGCUGUUUAAACGCCGUGUAGCUAAGUUUACGUUGCUUUUGUUGGCGUUGAGAGCAGCUAGGACAUCAUGGUGAUAUAUUGGAUACACGUGGUUUGUCAUGCGUGUGUGUGAGAGGAGAUAACAUACUCUGCAUCCCCGGUCAGUCAGUAGGUCGAGAGCAGAGAGAGAGGAGACACUUGAGACUGCGGUGCUGACCUGA